AUGGAUUCCGUCGCGGUCGACGGACUCAUGGAUUCCGUCGCAAGCUUCUGCCUAACCAACAGACUCAUGAACGAAGACUUCUGCAAACAUCUCACUACCAAACCGGUUUGGACCAUGCACAAAAUCCAGAGCGUCGCUAAAGACUACAUAAACGACGAAGAAGUCAGCCAAGUCGUAGCCGCCAAUAAGCGGCAGCAGGGCAACGCUCAACACGGUAACACAGCGCCUCGGCACAACCCCCCAUCCCGAGAAAACCAGAAGGACCAUCCCAAACCAGCAAACACGAAUCGACCACCCAGAAUCGGCAAAUUCUCCAACUACACACCUCUGACAGCCCCGAUUACCGAAAUAUACCACCAAAUAGCAAACCGUGGUAUUAUCCCGAAAGCCCGACAACUCAAAGAAAGAACCGGCGGCAACAAAACCCUAUACUACGACUACCAUCGCGGCCACGGGCACAGAACACAAGACUGUUUCGACCUAAAAGACGCCCUCGAACAAGCCAUCAGAGACGACAAGCUCCCCGAGUUCGUCAAGAUCAUCAGAAAACCAAAACACACUGAAAGGGAUAGGUCACCAGAGAGAGAAGGACGCAACCCGAGGACACAAAGACAACCCCCCCGGGGAAGCCCAGAAGAAGACCCGACCAUAAUAGUAAACGUCAUCACAGGCAAGGAUACACCAGGCAAGUCAAAAUCAACACUAAAAAAGGAUCUCAAAAUCCUGGCAGUCCGAAACCAAACCCCAACCUUCACUGCUGACAAGGUGAUCACUUUCCUACCCGAGGAUUGCCAACAUGGCACCUCGGCUGAAGACGCCCCUUUCGUCAUCUCGGCAAAAAUUGGAACAGGGCUAGUACGAAGGAUACUAGUGGACACAGGCUCAGACUCUAACAUCCUUUUUAGAGGAGCUUUUGACAAACUCGGACUCCGCAACAACAACCUCCAAACACACCGUAACGGUGUCACGAGACUAGGAGACAACUUCCUCAAACCAGACGGCUCCAUCACCCUCUCCCUCACCAUAGGAACGGGAAGCCAAAGGAAGACAACCCUGUCCGAGUUUAUGGUCCUCAAAGACUCCACUGUCUACAACGUCAUCCUCGGAAGAAAAAUAAUCAACGACCUCUCCGCCGUCAUCUUCACCAAAUACCUCCUCAUGAUGUUUACGACGGAAGAUGGCUCCAUCGGCACCAUUCACGGUGACCGGGAAAUCGUGGCAUAA